UGAUAUAAUUCAAUAUUUAUUCCACGCUGCUUCGGACCUCGCGCUCGCGUGUCAAUGGGAGACCGAUGUACUAGCGCAAGCUCUCUAAGGGUCCGUCAACAUAUUCCCCUUUUUGGUACUAUGAUGUCCGAAGAGCUUCGGUAUCUCCAACAUGGUCCGAAACCAGCCCUUCGCUUGGAGUUGUGUUGCACGCACAGAAGGGAUACCGGCAAACUCGUCCCUUAUAUAGCAACCGUCCGCUCUUGCAAGGAGUUUGCAUCGUACUCAUUACUGCAACACCAAACUCUCCAUAACGACAUUUUUUCAUACUCGCAAGCCACUCUAGAAGCUCUUUCUAUAUUGCCUUGAAGAACAACAACCACACUCUCACUACUUUGCAUUCAGCAGCUUCAAUACGUUCAACAUGCCUGGCGCCACCAACCAGACGAGCAAGUACGAUGCCAUCCCGGGACCUCUCGGUCUCGCAUCUGCGUCUCUAGAGGGCAAGGUAGCUCUUGUCACCGGUGCCGGACGCGGUAUUGGUCGGGAGAUGGCUCUAGAACUCGGACGCCGCGGCGCCAAGGUCAUCGUCAACUACGCCAACAGCACGCAGUCAGCAGAGGAGGUGGUACAAGCGAUUAAUAAGGGGGGCUCGGACGCGGUGGCGAUCAAGGCCAACGUGUCGGACGUGGACCAGAUCGUGCAGCUGUUCGAGCAGGCGGUGAAGGUCUGGGGCAAGCUGAACAUCGUGUGCUCGAACAGCGGGGUGGUGUCGUUCGGGCACGUCAAGGACGUGACGCCGGAGGAGUUCGACCGCGUGUUCACGGUCAACACGAGGGGCCAGUUCUUCGUCGCCCGCGAGGCCCACAAGCACCUCGAGGUCGGCGGCCGGCUCAUCCUCAUGGGCAGCAUCACGGGCCAGGCCAAGGGCGUGCCCAAGCACGCCGUCUACUCCGGCAGCAAGGGCGCCAUCGAGACCUUCGUCCGCUGCAUGGCCGUCGACUUCGGCGACAAGAAGAUCACCGUCAACGCCAUCGCGCCCGGCGGCAUCAAGACCGACAUGUACCAGGCCGUGUGCCGCGAGUACAUCCCCGGCGGCGACAAGCUGAGCGACCCGGAGGUUGACGAGUACGCCGCCACGUGGUCGCCUCUCGCCCGUGUUGGCCUUCCCAUCGACAUCGCCCGCGUGGUGUGCUUCUUGGCGUCCCAGGACGGCGAAUGGGUGAACGGCAAGGUCAUCGGUAUCGACGGCCACGCCAUGAUGUAAAAUAGCUAAGGGGCUUGCGACAGGUUAUUAUUUAUUACGGCAGGGUUUGAUUAGAUAUGGGAGGCUCUUGUGUCGCAGAUGCGUAUCUCCUCGACUGUUGAACCGUGGACACUUACACACUUACACAUUACUGUCAUCGAUGAAAUUUACUGCCCAUUCAAUGUCCGUUGCUUACCUUCACUGAAGCAAAGCUAGGGUAC